CAUUGGCGUAUUAUUAUUUUGUACGUUAGUCGUUCGUUUUCGUUAUUCCAUUCGAUUCGAUUGCGAUUCGUCUCGUCUCGUCCUAAAGAAGCUAAAUAAAGCACCCUCUUGGCAGCCAGAGAAGUUUUGUUAUUCGCGUGACUUCGUCGAGAAUAGUUGUAGACACUGACACGGACUACACUCGGCAGAGAGAGUCUUAAUCGAGCCGCGAACUCCAGCGCCAGCGGUUGAUGUUUAUUAAUUUUGGAUUUUCAUAAUUUUAAUUUUGUUUUUAUUGUUGAAAUUUUGAGAUAAGAAUUAUUCUAAAAUAUUCAAUUCCUAGUGAGCUCAACCCAUAAAAACAGACAAAGGAUAAUACUUAACAGGGUGUUUAAGUUUUAAAUUCGACGACGACGGACGUUACUCUAAACUGCCAUAUUUACGGAGAUAUUUUGCAAUCCGUGUAAAACAAAUAAACCGUUUGUUUUCUGUACAAAUUUCUAAUCAGUGAAAAAUAAAGCUUUCGAGUGUGAUAACAAAAUUAAAGUAUCUUUUGCGUUUGUUCACAUAUCAGAAUCGCGUAUCUAUCUUUGUAUAUCACACGACAUAAGAACUGAUAAAGUUUUUUUUUCAUAACUCUUUUACGUCAAGAUAUCAUUCGGAUGAGUUCUAAGUUGUUACAUUGAACCCAUUUUUGUUUUGUUAAAAGAAGAAAAAUAUAAAAUUUAUUUAAUUGUGCUGUGUUUUUUGCAUAAAUAUACAGAUUUGUGUUGAGAUUGGUCUUGAAAAAUAUAUACAUCUAUCAAAACAAAAAAAGAGGAGGGACAUUGAGUUGAUCUUCUAAAAUUUAAGGUCAAAAGAACAACAAAAGAUACAUAACUGCAAUAAGUCAAAAAAGAAAAAUUAAAUAAAAAACCGCUAACGACACGUAUUUUGUGAUUCGGACCUUUUAAAAAACCAGAUGCAGGUUUAAUUAAGCACAUGAUAUUCUAACAAUACAAAGUAAACUUUUUUUAACGAGAAGCAAUUAACUUCGAAAAGAAACACAGUGAUAAAUAUUUUACAACAUAACAUAAUCAAGCAAUCAAACAAAAAAAGAAUAUAACAAAAUGUACGAAAUCGAGGAUUUUAGUAAAACGAAGAGUCGAAAGACUUCCGCCACAAUCAUCAACAUAUCCUGCCAAAGUGUGUUCAUAGUUUUAGCGACGUUGCUUAUAUCAACAGUUGCGGCAGACACUCAACAACCCGUACAAACAACGUCACAAGCUGCGAUAUAUCUGUCACAGUUUGGUUAUCUUCCAGCGACAGCUAGAAAUCCUGCCAAUGGUGCACUUUUAGAUUCAAACAUAUGGACCAAAGCUAUUCAGGACUUUCAGGGAUUCGCCGGAGUUAAUGUGACUGGUGAAUUGGAUGAUGAAACUUUGCAGUAUAUGUCACUGCCAAGAUGUGGUGUUAGGGAUAAAGUUGGUUUCGGUACUGAUAACCGAUCGAAACGUUAUGCCCUUCAAGGCAGCCGUUGGCGAGUGAAAGGAUUGACUUACAAAAUAUCCAAGUAUCCCAAGAGACUGAAGAAGGCUGAUGUUGAUGCUGAAGUUUCGAGAGCCUUCAAUGUGUGGAGUGGUUAUACUGACCUUACCUUUACCGCCAAAAACACUGGACCCGUCCAUAUUGAAAUUAAGUUUGAAGAGAGCGAACAUGGCGAUGGAGAUCCAUUCGACGGUCCAGGUGGUACCCUGGCUCACGCCUAUUUCCCUGUCUAUGGAGGUGAUGCUCAUUUUGAUGAUGCUGAGUACUGGACAAUUGGUAGUCCUCGCGGUACAAAUCUGUUCCAAGUAGCAGCUCAUGAGUUCGGUCACUCCCUUGGACUUAGUCAUUCUGAUGUACGAUCAGCUUUGAUGGCUCCCUUUUACCGGGGUUUCGAUCCUGUUUUCAAAUUGGACUCAGACGAUGUCUUGGCUAUUCAAGCUCUUUAUGGAAAGAAAACAAAUCAAGGCGGUGGUGGUGGAAGUAUACCAAAAACUACACAGAAACCCUCAAUUAUUCCAACAAGACCCCAUGAUGAUUCUAUAUUGUGUAAAGAUCCCAAGAUCGAUGCACUCUUCAAUUCACACGAUGGCCUUACGUACGCUCUUAAAGGACAAAUGUAUUAUAAACUUACAGAGAACUCAGUGGCUGAUGGAUAUCCAAAAUACAUAUCAGAAGGAUGGCCAGGUCUUCCAGGUGACAUCGAUGCUGCAUUUACAUACAAAAAUGGCAAAACAUACUUCUUCAAAGGCACCAAGUAUUGGAGGUAUUCGGGACGACAGGUUGAUGGUGAAUAUCCUAAGGAAAUCAGUGAAGGCUUUACUGGCGUUCCCGAUCACUUGGACGCUGCUAUGGUUUGGGGUGGCAAUGGCAAGAUUUACUUCUACAAAGGAAGUAAAUUCUGGCGAUUUGAUCCAUUAAAGAGGCCACCAGUUAAGUCGACGUAUCCAAAACCAAUUUCCAAUUGGGAAGGCUUGCCAAAUAACAUUGAUGCUGCGCUCCAGUAUACAAACGGUUACACAUAUUUCUUUAAGGGUGAUAAAUAUUAUCGUUUCAAUGAUAGGACAUUCGCAGUUGAUAGUGCUGAUCCUCCGUUCCCCCGACCAUCGGCGCAUUGGUGGUUCGGUUGUAAAAACGUUCCAUCAUCGUUUAACUCAUUAGGUAAUUUUAUCUCAAAUUCCGAUGAGGCUGUUGUUGAUCACAAUGAAUCAAGUAGCUAUGACAAUGAUGAUUUGAAUUACGAUGCAGGUGCGGAUGACCAUCAGGCACAUGAUGAGAUUCCAGGCAGAAGCUCCGGCAAAAGUAUAUCGGCGACAACGACGACGACCACAGUAUACGCCCUUAUUACGACAGCGUUAUUAGUUGCAUUCAAACAAAUAAUUGUCAGAUAAAAGCGGACACUACUGUUUGCUGUACGAAGAGAGCAAUUUGUAUUUAUUUUAAAUUUAAAUUAGUUUUUGUUUUCUUUUUAAUUUCUUGUUUAAAUUAUAUUUUUAUUACAUUGUAAUCGCACAAAGUCACAAUUUAUUUUUAUUUGAUACACAUUUGUCCUUUUUAUUUAUAUUUUAUUUAAAUAUUUUAUUAUGUAUGCAUUCAUUAGAAAAAAAAACACCACCCAAUGACGGAUCAAAGCUCAGUGCCUUAUUCUCUGUAAAUUAAAAAAUAAAUUGCAUUAAUUAUAUAAAAUAUGUUUAUGCAAUUUUUGUUUUCUUCACAUUCAAAAAUUUUAUUAAAGUAUUAUUUUCCUCUUAAAAACUCUGUGCACAUUCCACAUAAGAAAGAAAAUUGUAUUUAUUGUCCUGAGGAAAUAAUGUUAUAACAAUUCCAAUUUAAAAAAGAAAAAUGUGUCAACUUUAUUGUUUUUUGUUUUAAAUUUACAUUUUGUUUAUAAAGUUAACUCUAUGGUUCUUUAGUGAAUCGUAGUUUCUUAAGCGCGAAGGAUAAAACGAAACUAUUAGAAUACUACGUCAUCAAACUUAGCAUUAAUUUUAGUUUUCUCUAUUAUUUAAUUUUAUUAUUAUUAUUGUAUUUUUGUUUUUAAUUUAAGGUUAUCGUCAGUUCUUUUUUUUUAAUUUGUAUUAUUAUUCCGAAGUGGAUAUAUGACUUAUAUAAAUAUAUGAAUAAAAACACACAUUGUCCAGUUAUUAGUAUUAAGAAAUUAUUAUGUAAAUGCAUUAAAAAACAGAAAGAACAAAUAAAAUGUUGUAAAAUAUAGUGUAAAUUAAGAACAAAAAACAUAUACGAUAGUAUUCGGAAUUAAUAUUUAACUCCGAAUAUUAAAUUUAGGUAAUUUUUUUAAUAAAUGAAUGAUAUAUAUGUAUAUAAAUAUGUAUGUUUUCUAUUAACGCAAUAAACAAAAUUGAGAAAAAUUGA